ACGCAGAGAGCAGAAGAGGUGAUAGGGGUGGUGAAAGAGCACAGCUGAGCUGACAAAGCGCUGGUUAUGUCUAGGUUAAUGUUUAGCCUGAGGACGGGCAGCUCAUGGCUCUGCAAGCGUCCGUUCAGGCUGAGCAGUCUGCUCCUGCCUCCGCUCUCCGGGAACAACUGCUCUAAAAUGUCGUCAGACUCCAACUGGCUCUCCCCUUCAGACCGGGAUCAGCUUGUGAUGGAGCUCAGGGCCACAGGCUGGGUGGAGGUGGACGACCGUGAUGCCAUCUUCAAAGAACUUCAUUUUAAAACAUUUAAUCAGGCAUUUGGCUUCAUGUCACGAGUGGCUUUGCAGGCAGAGAAGAUGAACCAUCACCCAGAAUGGUUCAAUGUUUAUAAUAAGGUCCAGAUUACAUUGACUUCACAUGACUGUGGAGGGCUGUCAAAACGGGACAUCAAAAUGGCCAAGUUUAUUGACAGAAUUGCACUUUCAAUGUAAUGUUUUUGUCAGAAAGUUUUUCUUUCCCAGUUUCUUUUGUUUCCCUGCUUUCAGUCACAACUCUGCCAAAGAAUGUCAAAGAAUUAUUUCUCAGAAAAAUGUAUUUACUCCUAUUGACCCAUCCAUCUUAAAUAACAUCUGUGUAAGAUAUUCUGUUUUGAUGUUUGUAUUUUGUUUGCAGCAUAUUUUGUACAAGCUUUCUGUAAGAAUAAAAGUUUGAUUUUGUGAAA